GGCUUCUGUGCAUGAGAGACCCACUCGCAGUGGAGGUCUGUCCUUCUUGCCAGUCGGACGCUCUAGAAUUUGUUCUGUUUCAAUUUCUCUUGUGAUCGAAUUUCGAAUGCAAAACUCGCACAAUGUGAACUCGUUUUAUUGUGGCACAACCGUUAAAGAAAAAGUGUGGCAGUUAACUUGUCUGCAAAGUGAUUUGGAACGGUGUCGAUAACACUCGUGAGCAUUGAAUGGCUUCCGUAUGUGGAGUGACUCGAAAUUAACAAAGUCAAUCAGAAAAAUGGCGUCGAUGGAUGACGUUGAACUGCGCGAGACGGUGGAAUCCAUCUUGGGCCAAGGGAUCCGCAUGCUGGACGUUGAGAAGAAGACGAGCUACAAAUCGGAAGAGGUGCUGCUCAUCAACGGCGUGGCCGUGCCGCUGGUGGGCGCCGACGGGGACAUCAUCCGUCAAGCGCUACUCAGCGGCCAGGUGCCGCCUUCGGACGUCCUCAACUCGCUACUCAUCUCUGCCGGCAUCUGGCGCCACCCGGUCCGUCUCCAGACGGAAUUAACCGUCAAACAUACGACUCUCAAUCGCGACGCCAUCACCGUCUCGCGCAACGGGCGCGUCGUCGACGAGCGGCUCAAAGAGACCAAAGAGGAGGAUCUCCUCCACAAAACGUCAACGGAAGUCUGGAGGGCCGUGGCCGGACCUGACUCGAUGACAGACAAGCUCUUCCAGCCAGACCCCAGGGCUUCUUCUUCGCCCGCCAAUGAACUUCCGACCGAAGCCACUCGCAAACAAGAUGAAAAAUCUGACAUCCGAUUCCCUUCGGAUGUCGAUACUGCAGAUGAGGAAACGACCAGUCCAUCUCCAACUCCUUCGAUAUUCGGGACCGUGGCUUCGGAGCUGACACCCAAAGAUGGAUCUUCUCGCAAGUCGCUUCCGCAAACCCCUAAAUCGCCCGGCAGCAUGGGAAUCGAAGGCAGCACGAGUAGCAGCAGUUCCGAAACGGUGGAUGACAGCGGUUCUGAGCCGGACAACUCACUCGUGUUCCAGGACAAUAAUUUAGUGUCUGGUCCGCUGGAUGCCCUGCUGCAACAUUUGGUGCCGACAGCCGAGUACUAUCCUGACAGGACGUACAUCUUCGCCUUCCUACUCUCGUCGAGGCUAUACAUCAAACCCCAUGCCCUGCUGGCCCAAGUCGUCCGGCUUUGCAUGCUCCAGCAGAACUUGGCCGACCAGAAACUCACUAAAGAUAAGUUGGGAAGGUUUUGUCCGCACAUGGUUCAACUGCUAUCCGAGUGGAUGGAAACAUUUCCGUACGAUUUUCGCGAUGAGCGCGUCAUGCAGCACGUCCGCCAGUUGACCCAGCGUUGCGUGGCCCUCGAUCCUUCGUUGAGACGGGACGUCUCGCAAAUGCUGCAUAACCUUCUGCACCGGCUGACGGCCCUUGAAAAAUACGAAGAGUUUCUGGAGAAGAUCAACACGGAGGCAUCAGCCGCUCUCAUAGAUACUGUGAAUGUGGUUAGUUAUCCACUCAACUGCGACGUGACAGAGGUAUGCUCCAGCCCGCUGAUGCUGGCGCAACAGCUGACACACAUUGAGCUGGAACGAUUGUCGUUCAUUGGACCCGAAGAGUUUGUGCAGGCGUUCGCCAAGGAGAACCCCAAUGUGGAAACAUCUUUCAAAGACAUGAAGAAAACUCGCAAUCUCGAGUCGUACAUCCAGUGGUUCAACAGGCUCAGCUAUUUCGUUGCCACCCAAGUGUGCUCGAAUGUCAAGAAGAAGCAGCGCAUCAAAGUAAUUGAAUACUGGAUAGAAGUAGCCCGAGAGUGCUUCAACAUCGGUAACUUUAAUUCGCUGAUGGCCAUCAUUGCCGGACUCAACAUGUCGCCCGUUUCGCGUCUCAAGAAAACGUGGCACAAAGUGCAGUCGGCCAAGUUUUCAAUUCUGGAGCAUCAGAUGGAUCCAUCUUCGAAUUUCAGUAGCUACAGAUCGACCCUGAAGGCAGCGAUGUGGAGGUCUGCCGGUGCUAAAGACGAGCGUCAGCGUAUUGUCGUCCCAUUCUUUUCGCUCCUGGUCAAAGAUCUCUAUUUCCUCAAUGAAGGAUGCGCAAAUCGGUUACCGAAUGGUCACAUCAACUUUGAGAAAUUUUGGCAGCUAGCCAAACAGGUGACGGAAUUUAUGACGUGGAAGCAGGUGACGUGCCCUUUCGAGAAACACCCCAAAGUCAUCCACUAUCUACAAACGGGAACGAUCCUCAGCGAAAAUGGUAUUGCUCUAUCAUCAUUUGAUUGCGAACCACCAGAAAAUUCUCAUGAAAAAGAAAGGUUCAAAGCUUUAAAAUUAGCCGCCAUUCACGCAUAAUGUUGAAUUAAGCGACUGGUAGAUGGCGUCGGCAUUCCUGUUUUUCAACCCCUCCCCUCUCUGUUUAUAUAUUUUCUUCACGUGAGAGAACUCCUUUUGCAACCGCAACUUCAGCACUUCCAUCUCGAUCCGUUUUUUCUUCUUAUUUUAUUUUUUUUUUUUGUCGAAAGUUUGGUCCAUUCUAGUCAAGAUGUGUCUGCUGUGCUCGCUUCCUGAACUUUUCCGGACAAAAUUAAAUUCCGCCCCCGUAUUUCUAUUUCGUUUCAUGUAAAUAAUAUUUUUUGUUCUUCUUCUUCUUCUUCCACCGUCUAUACGAUAUAUACAUAGUUCUAUAUAAUAAAUAUGAUCACAUCGAAAGGUUUAGUACAGGGCCAGCAGUCCAACUCCCAUCUCUUCUCUCCCUCGAUUUUUGGAAUCCUGAAACAAUUGAAGGUCUUCAUCCCCUCUCUAGUCCUGUCCUCAUUUCAACCAUCCUCCUGAAUCCAUCAUCAUUGUAGUAAUUAUACAACACAUCCCACCUCAUUGUAGACACACUGCAAUCAGACAAAACAUCAUCGAGUUGUUACAUCCAUUAUGACCCUUCGUUUUUCUUUGUUUCCAUCCGUAUUCUCUCCUCACUCUUAAUUUGUUUUUGUCGACAUUUUGUGAAAAAUAUUGGUGUUCCGGAUUUUUGUUCGUUUUUCAGAUCCAUUUGGAUCGAUUGACAUGUUGAUGUUGUCGCCCUCCGUAAGAGGCGUUACGUACGAAAAGAAAACAAAAUGGAGUCGGGCAGGGAACAUUCAACACACACAAAGUUGCAUUCACAUCUCAAAUUUGUACAUUCCUCCUUUUUUCUCUUAAUUUUUCUUUUCUAUACUUUUCUCAUUACAUUCUACCAUUUUU